UGGGAACUGAUUAAAAAAUUAUUAGGUAUUUGAAAUUAUUUGGAAAUUGGAAAUUGGAAAUUUAUAACAAGAUAAUGAUAUUAUUUUAUAAAAUUAUAAAAACUUUACUGAUAUCUUUAUUUAAAAAUGUAUAUAAACCUGGUAUUUAUUUGUUUUGACUAUUCUGUAAAUAUGGAACUAACAGGAAUGUGCGGUAUACUGUUGAUUCUUUCGUGUUAGCAGGAAUUAAUUCUGAAGAAUUAACCAGUGGUUUUCUUGAUUCUUGUCAAUUUUUGGUUGGAAUAAGUAAAGGAAACUAUUGUCCAAUUACAGAAAAUAUAAAUACCAACAUAAAUCUGCCAAAGAAUUGUAAGGAGGUUUACAACAAUGGUUACAAAAAUUCUGGAGUAUACAAAAUUCUACCAUCAGGUAAUAAAAAAACGCUAACGGUUUUAUGCGACAUGGAAAUUGCAGGAGGUGGAUGGACACACAUUCAAAAGAGAUUUGACGGAUCCGAGGAUUUUAAUAGACCUUAUAGAGACUAUAAAUUCGGAUUUGGAAAUCUUAAAGGUGAAUUUUGGUUGGGUUUAGAAAAUAUGCAUCAAUUUACAGGUACUACAAGAAAUGAGUUGUUUAUAGAAAUCACUGACCAUAAUUUGAUAAAGUAUUAUUCUAGAUAUACAAAUUUUGGAAUAGGAUCUGAAUAUGAGGGAUAUAAAUUGCAAACUCUAUCGGGAUAUAGUGGUAAUACAACCGGCGACUGUUUUGAACAUCAUCAAGGUUAUAAGUUUAGUACAUUUGAUUUGGAUCGUGAUACUUAUGAAAAAAACUGCGCAAGUAUGGCUCGUAGUGGCUGGUGGUUUAAUUCAUGCGCAUGUACAAAUUUAAAUGGACAAUUUAGAAAUUUGCCUAAACGAGAUAUCCCGGCGUUCGGUAGAAUGAAAUGGGAUAGAUUGUCAGGAUAUUCAGCGAGAGAUAUCACUGGAGCGCUGUAUGGAAGCAGAAUGUUGAUACGACGAUGUGGACUAAGCAGUGAGUUUCCUGAGUCUUGUAAAUUUUUGGUCGGAAUAAGUAAAGGAAACUGUUGUCCAAUUUCGGAAAAUAUAAAUACCAACAUACCUUUGCCAAAGAACUGUAAGGAGGCUUACGAAAACGGUUACAAAAAUUCUGGUUUAUACAAAAUUCUACCACGUGGUCAUAAAAAACCUGUGAGAGUCUUAUGCGACAUGGAAAUUGAAGGAGGUGGAUGGACACACAUUCAAAAGAGAUUUGAUGGAUCUGAAGACUUUAAUAGAUCUUACAGAGAAUAUAAAUUUGAAUUUGGAAAUCUUAAAGGUGAAUUUUGGUUGGGUUUAGAAAAUAUAUAUCAAUUAACAGGCACUGAAACAAACGAGUUGCUUAUAGAAAUAACUGACCACAAUUUGGUAAAUUAUUAUGCUAGAUAUUCAGUUUUUAGAAUAGGAUCUGAAUACGAUGGAUAUGCAUUAAAAAAUACAGCAGGUUAUUGGGGUAAUACAACCGGAGACUGCAUGAAAUAUCAUGAAGGGCAGAAGUUUAGUACAUUUGAUUUGGACCGUGAUACUUGGGGUGAGGACAGCUGCGCAGUAUUAGCACGCGGUGGCUGGUGGUAUAAAAAUUGCUAUUGUGUUACUUUAAAUGGACAACUCAGAAAUUUGCCCAACGCUGAUCGUAAACUUCGUGGCAUGAACUGGAACAAAUUAGAAGGAAAUGAAUUAAAGUUAGAAGCAAAUAAUUUACUGUAUGGAAGCAGAAUGUUGAUCAGACCAAAAUAUUGAAUUAUAAAAUAUAUGUAGUAGUUAGGGUAAAAAGCUACACAAAAAUGUAAACAUAAUUUGUAAGAAAAAUAUAGUUUUACCUCUC